CACAGCCACACCGUCAGUCCAGUGCUGCAGCAGCAGGAGACAACAUCAGCAGCAUGGCUGUGGAGAUGGAGCCCGCGGAUGUGAUUCGCUUGAUAAUGCAGUAUCUUAAGGAGAACAACCUCUACCGAACCCUGACCACCUUGCAGGAGGAAACCACCGUCUCACUCAACACAGUGGAAAGCAUUGAGAGUUUCAUUGCAGAUAUAAACAGCGGCCACUGGGACUGUGUCCUGUUGGCUAUUGAGUCUCUUAAGCUGCCCGACAACAUACUUAUUGACCUUUAUGAGCAGGUUGUAAUGGAGCUUAUUGAAAUGAGAGAGGUAGGUGCAGCUCGCUCCCUCCUCAGACAAACUGAUCCGAUGAUCAUGCUGAAGCAGACUCAGCCACAGAGGUAUGUCCACUUAGAGAACCUGCUAACCUGCACCUACUUUGAUCCUCGCGAGGCAUACCCCAAAGGCAGCAGCAAGGAGAAGCGACGGAGGGAAAUAGCUGAAGCGCUGGCAAGGGAGGUGAGUGUGGUGCCUCCCUCUCGACUCAUGGGGCUCCUGGAACAAGUCAGUUCUCUGAGACUACAGCAAUACCCAGGUCACCUCUCUCCGGACAGGACCAUGGACACAUCUGCCGACAACAAGGAGAGACACGUGGACAAAGAGAGAUUUCCAACCCAGCUGUUCCGUCACAUCAAGUUUGGACGGCGGUCACAUGUGGAAUGUGCCCGUUUCUCUCCCGAUGGAAAGUACUUGAUCACUGGCUCAGUAGACGGCUUCAUUGAGGUCUGGAACUUCACUACUGGGAAACUUAGUAAGGACUUAAAGUACCAGGCACAAGACAGCUUCAUGAUGAUGGAUGAUGCUGUGCUGUGUAUGUGCUUCAGCCAGGAUACUGAUCUUCUGGCAACAGGAGCUCAGAAUGGCAAAAUAAAGGUGUGGAAGAUCCAGAGUGGGUUGUGCCUGCGCAGGUUUGAACACGGUCACAGCAAAGGAGUGACCUGUCUGAGUUUUUCCAAAGACAACAACCACAUCCUCAGUGCCUCCUUUGAUCAGACCAUCAGAAUCCAUGAGCUGAAGUCAGGCAAGACACUAAAGGAGUUAAAUGGCCACUCGUCCUUUGUAAAUGAUGCUUCCUUCACUCACGAUGGCUUUCACAUCAUCAGCGCCUCAUCUGAUGGCUCUGUAAAGAUAUGGAACACAAAGACUUGUGAGUGUGUCCACACGUUCAAAUCAAUGUCAGGGACGUCGGAGGUGCCUGUCUACAAUGUGAUUCCUCUACCCCAAAACCCAGAGCACUUUGUGAUUUGUAACCACUCCAGCAAAGUGGUCAUUAUGAGCAUGCAUGGCCAGACUGUGAAGACGUUCAGCUCAGACAAAAAUGAGGCAGCAAACUUUGUGUGCUGCACCGUGUCGCCCCACGGGGAGUGGAUUUACUGUGUGGGAGAAAACUUGGUCCUGCACUGCUUCAACUAUCUGUCGGGGAGGCUGGAGAAAAUGCUGACUGUCCACGAGAAAGACGUCAUUGGCAUCGCUCACCAUCCACAUGAGAACCUGAUUGCCACGUACAGUGAGGACGGCCUCCUGAGGCUAUGGAAAUCCUAAUCUGCCACCUAGCAUCGAGGAAACACAAAGUUAUAAAGCUAUUCAUUCACAUUUUUUCACUUUGAAUAAAAUAUUAGCUCACCUGACACCUGACAAUUUUUUAAUGCUAAAUUCAUAACAUUAUUAUUAUUAUUUUCUUUUGCUAAACAGCAGGAAAGUGGUCCUAGAUUCAAUGUGACAAAUGAUAAAGUAAAGUUGUUGAAUCUAACUUUUAUAUAUUUAUUUUUUUAAGUAAAGUCAAAUACACAUUUUCUUAGUGUCACUAAAUCCCAUUGGCUUAUUUAUCACUUGUUUUUUAACUAAUGGCAAUGGAGGAGGAAGAUUAAAUUCAUUUAUCUGUAAAUAUUUUCACCUGUGAGUUAAUGCAGAUUUGACAGAGUAAACUGGGCCCCCUGCUCCUGGUUAAAAAGAAUUAUGCGUCAACGUCAUCAUCACUGUAGCUCACUGAUGUACUUUAGAAAACAGUGAUUAAUGUGUAGCAGAGGGGGAGGGGAGAAAAAGAAGCAAUUUAAACUUGUUCAUCACUGUCUAUAUCCUCCACUAGGUCUUCUUCAUGGUCCAGCUUCACUAGUGCAGCUUAAAUCCCCAUUUUCAUCUCUUCUGUCUUUAUUAGACAUGAAAAUGCAUGACGGUGAACUGUGGUGAAAAAUAUUUAUAAUACAAACUGCCUCAUGUUUGGGCAAAAACAAAGUUUCAGGUAAACUAUUAGUCAGCGUUUUGGUUUAUAUUAAUACUUUUGUAACAUUGAUGCAAUGAUUAUACUAUGAUUCAGGUGUGAUGAUUUGUUUGCAUGCUACCUCAGUUACACUGUCCAGACGUGGCUCUACAGUACUUUUGAGUACACCUUCAAAAUAUGCAUGAAGAAUAAUCAGAGCUACUGUGACACAUUCUAUACUCUGUGUGUGUGUGUGUGUGUUAUGUAUGUAUUUAACGUGGUCACAUUUCGUUGCACUGACUAUAAUUGGUGUUCCUGUGAAUCAGUGGGACAUGUACGCCUGCACGUAACCCAGCUAGUGCCUCGACCUGUCACUGUCACGACUAUCUGCCAUUGUUGUAAAUUAAUGUGUCGUUUUUAUUGGACUUUGUUUUCUAUAUCCUUGAUGUUGUAUAUAAAAAUAUGAUUAUCAAUAAAAUUACAAACAUU